AUGACAUUCGAUCCUACUUUUAUUCGACGUUCAAGUGUAUAUUUUCCAUCACAAAAAAAGUCUUUGAUAUCAUCAUCACAAGUCAUGAUCCGGGAAAAUAAUCCUUUAUUUAAAGAAGAAUGGAUAGACGAUCCAACCGGUUAUUCUCAGAGUGCCACUUCUAUACUAGCUUCAUCCCCUAUUCAAUCUCUUAAUGAUUCAUAUAACAAUGCUGCCACAUUUUCAAUUUCUCUACAUGAUCAUUCAAUGCCAAUACCAAAUGAGGAUCCUAAAACACUUCAAUUACAAUUCUUAAAAUCUUCUAACAGUGGUUUGAGUCGUGAUGACCUCACUCCUCAACUUAGUUCCGAUGAGUUCUCACGUUCCACCUCUAUUGAAUCUUCAAUUUCAAGUUCUCUUCAUCCUUCAAAAUCCACUCCUCCUCAAUUUAUCUUUAAAAAACCUUCUAAAAAGAAGUCUAGUUUAUUUGGUGAAUUAAAACGUGCUUUUAAAACUCCUUCAAGAUCAAAUUCUUUUUCUACACGUAAAAAUCUUCAAAUUUCAAAACAUGGCAAAUGGGGUAGGCGGCUUGGUUCUGGAGUUGGUGGCACUGUACGAUUAUUUCAUCGAUCGUGUGAUAAUAAAACAUUUGCUAUAAAACAAUUCAGAUCAAGAUUUGAUUACGAAUCUGAAAAAUCUUAUCGUAAAAAAAUUUUAGCCGAAUUUUGUAUCGGUAGAACUCUUCAUCAUGAAAAUAUAAUAGAAACCAUAGACAUUGCACAAGAAAAUGAACAAUUAUACGAAAUUAUGGAAUUCGCUCCAUAUGAUUUAUUUGAAUCUGUAAUGACUAAAAAAAUGUCUGAAGAUGAAAUUGCUUGUUGUUUCAAACAAAUAAUUAAUGGUGUAAAUUAUUUACAUCAAAUGGGAAUUGCUCAUAGAGAUUUGAAAUUGGAUAAUUGUAUGUUGGAUGAAUCUGGAAUCCUAAAAAUAAUCGAUUUCGGUUGUUCUACCGUCUUUAAAAAUCCUUUUGAUAACAAAGUUUCUUUCUCUAAAGGACCAUACGGAUCUGAUCCAUACAUAUGCCCAGAAUCUUAUAACAAAAAUCCCUAUGAUCCUCGAUUAGCUGACAUCUGGGCGAUAGGAAUAAUAUUUGUUUGUAUGCAUAUGGGUAGAUUCCCUUGGAUGAUUGCAAAACCUAGUGAACCUUCAUUCAGGGCAUACCUUUCCAAUCCUGAUAGAUUAUUUAAAAGAAUUCCAGAAAAAUCAAGAGCAUUAAUUAAAAAAAUGCUUGAUGUAAAUGUAGAAAAUCGUGCUACAAUGAAAGACAUUUUAGAAAAUGAAUGGUUUAAAGGAAUCGACGUUUGUACAAGUCAUGUACGAUCAGAAGGGCAUGUACAUCAUUUGGUGGAAGGACGUGAAACUGAAUAA